ACAGUAAUAUGCUGAACAUUAUUGAAAUAUUUCCUAUUGAUCUUCCUUUAAGAACUCUUUUAAUUCCUCAUUUUUAGGAAAUACGUAAUGUCCGCUUCAUGGCCUACUUCAUUGAAACCCCUUGCUAAAUAUUUGGUUCGAGCAAAAGAAGUUGAACAAAUAGACCCUCUAGUAGCUUAUGCUUGUAGAUUCUACGCGUGUGAGUUUGGUUUAAAACUUCGGGAUAAGAAGGACCCCGAUGCCUCAAAAUUUAUGAAGAGUCUCAUUGAGAAGUGUGAACAAGACAAGGCAAAACUCGGAGAUACGACUCUGUUGAAAGAACACUUGGAAGAAUUUGCUUUGAAGGUUUUCUUAAGAGCAGAUACAGAAGAUAGAAAUGGAAAUGCCACUCGAACUACUGUUCGUACUUUUUAUGCUGCUUUGUGCUUUUUGGAAGUUUUGAAUUCGUUAGGAGAACCUUCAGAAGAUAUCAGACAGAAAAUGAAAUAUUGCAAAUUCAAGGUGGCUUAUAUAUCAAAGUGUUUGAGAGAAGGAAUUCAACCAGUUCCUGGUCCUCCCGAUAGUCAAACUGAGAGUAAAUAUGAGGAUACUACAAGACAUGAUUUAUCUUUGAUCAUGCAAGAACCUGGCGAGUCAAAUAGUCCAGAAACAAAUAUCAAAGAGUUGGAUGAUUCUCUUAUGGAAAGGAAUACCAGUGAAGACUCAACCAACCAAGUGGAAGAAAAUUCUGAUGAAAGCAAAGUCGAUGUUGUAGAAAGGAAUAAUUUAAACCCAACGGCAAAUGACACUGAACGCAUUUCAGAGGACGUUGUUGAUAAUCACUUGACUGAGACUCAUACAACUGCAUCGACCAACACCAAAAACAAAUAUGAUCUAGUACAAUCUAUUUUGGAAGCACAAAAACAUGCAAAGAAUGCAUCAAGUGCGUUGGAUUUUCAAGAUGUGAAUUCAGCAAUCAAGGAACUCGAAGAUGCUCUAUCCUUAUUGAAGCAAUGUAAAUGAAGUCUUUUGAAAUAUCGAAACAAAUAUGUGUUUUAUGGAAUAGAUAAACCCAUUGACGAUCAAACGUUGUGUUGUGUAUCUCUUUGUAAAAACGAAAGUAUUUUGUGAGAUAAACGAUUAGGCACUGAA